UCAAAACAAGUGCUGAGAAGUCCAGAGAAUAUGUCUCCUCUGGUCCUGGCUGAUUUGCAUGGUAUUACUAAAGACUUGAAGGUGAUUUUGAGGAGAUCUGUUACCCCAAACAAUUCCUUUGAAGCUGGUAACCAGGAUUCGCCCUCUAAAACUGAUUCAGUGUUUGAUGUGAGCGACAUUCCAUCAGAACACAACAGCUCUCAUGAUGAUGAUGAAGAGUCUACUGUAUAUCCCAUCUUUGGCACUAAAAGAUCUCAGAAAAAAGGGAUUUUGUCACCACCACUGAACACCAGCACUCCUGCUCUGACUGGCACUCCUGCUUUCAAGGCCAAAGAGAGGAGUGCUUUGAGAAGAGAGAUGAAGAAGCAAACGGAUAACCAGCUCAUCAUUGAUGCUGGUCAAAAGCAGUUUGGCGCUACUUCAUGCGGGUCCUGUGGGAUGCUGUACAGCACAGAUAGUCCCGAGGACAACUUCCAGCACACGCAGUUCCAUCAGCGCUUCUUGGACACCAUUAAGUUUGUGGGUUGGAAAAAGGAGAGGGUUGUGGCAGAGUUCUGGGAUGGAAAGAUUAUUCUUGUUCUUCCUGAGGAUCCAAAGUAUGCCACAAAAAAGGCAGAGGACGUGAGACGGAUCGCGGACAGUGAGUUGGGCUUUCAGCAGAUCACACUGAGUAGCCCGAGCUCGGCUAAAACCUACCUGUUCAUUAACAGUGACAGAAUGGUUGUGGGAUGUCUGGUGGCUGAGAGUAUUAGACAGGCCUUUCGUGUGCUGGAGCAGCCAGAGAAACCCAAAGACAUGAACAAGGAGGAUUUCAUGGAGCGCCACAGAGCUUGGUGCUGCUCUACCGUGCCGGAAAAGGCCCUCUGUGGCGUCAGUCGCAUCUGGGUCUUCAGUCUGAUGAGGAGGAAGGGCAUCGCCACUCGCCUUAUGGACACUGUCAGGAAUUCUUUCAUGUACGGGAGCCAUCUGACCAAAGAAGAAAUUGCCUUUUCUGACCCAACACCAGAGGGGAAGCUGUUUGCUACAAAAUACUGCCAGACACCAACAUUUUUGGUGUACAACUUCAUCAGUUAAACUGUUAAAGGAAAAACAACUACACUUGGUUUUAGUUUGACUGCAUUUGUUAAUGCGUUUGUAAGUUUUUACAGAGUUUUUAAUAGAUUAAAAAAAAAAAAAGUUAUACGUUCAAGUGAAGUUCAGCCUAAUAUGAUGAGCAUCUCAUUUUACUGUGUUUUAGAGAUUGAUGUUUUGCCUUUAAUGCCGAGUUCACAAAUUCAUAUUUAAGGCAUGUUUUACUUCAGCACAAAUACUGGCUGAUUAUUGUAAGCUAUCAGGUUCUAAAGAUUCCUGUUUGGAAAAUUAGGCUGUCAUAAUUCCUUAAAGUUGGUUGUAAAAUGAGCAAAAACGUUCGGUUGAACUGCUACUCUCUUUGUACAUAUUUUUUUAAAAUAAAUGGUCUUGUUCAUG